AUGGCGACGGCAGGGUCCUGGAAGGUGCGGAGGGAGCACCAUGCUGCUCAGGAGAAGGCGGAGAGGAUUCUAGUGCUAGAAGAAAGCUGGAGGCCCUGGCCCAGAACACGCAGGACAAUCCGAGGCUGCCUGGAGUGUGUGAAGCACCAGCUGUUCCGUAUCGGUGAUGACUGGUACUUCCUCUUUUUCCUGGGGGUGAUAAUGGCGCUGAUCAGUUUCGCCAUGGAUUUCACGGUCUCCAGGCUAUCGAACGCACACAAGUGGCUUUACCGAGAGCUCGGGGAUCACUUACUGCUGAAGUACCUGUCCUGGACUAUGUACCCGAUUGCCCUGUCCGCUUUCUCCACUGGCUUCUCUCAGAGCAUCACUCCGCACUCGGGAGGCUCUGGCAUCCCGGAGCUCAAGACCAUUCUCACUGGAGUCAUGCUGGAGGAGUACCUGGCCAUUAAAAACUUUGGAGCCAAAGUGGUGGGGCUGACCUGCACCCUCGCGUGUGGGAGCACCAUAUUCCUCGGCAAAGUCGGCCCCUUCGUGCACCUCUCCAGCAUGAUCGCAGCGUAUUUAGGAAAGAUCCGAACGUCUGUCGUUGGGGAGUAUGAGAACAAAAGCAAGCAGACGGAGAUGCUGGUGGCAGCCGCUGCUGUUGGAGUCGCGACCGUCUUUGGGGCUCCCAUUAGCGGGGUCCUGUUCAGCAUUGAGGUGAUGUCAUCCCACUUCGCGGUCAGGGACUAUUGGAGGGGCUUCUUCUCUGCCACCUGCGGAGCCUUCAUGUUCCGCCUGCUCGCCGUCUUCAACAGUGAACAAGAAACCAUCACUGCUCUAUUCAAGACCAGUUUUAAGAUUGAUUUCCCCUUUGAUCUCCCAGAGACGUUCUUCUUCAUGGUGCUUGGGGGGAUCUGUGGGAUUCUAAGCUGUGCGUAUCUCUUCUGUCAGCGCUGGCUCCUGGGAUACGUCCGGAGGAACACGGUCACUGCCAAGCUGCUGGCGACAGACAAGCCCAUUUAUUCCUCCCUGGUGGCCCUCCUGCUCGCCUCCAUCACAUUCCCUCCCAGCCUGGGGCACUUCAUGGCAUCCAGGCUCAGCAUGAAGGAGCACCUCACCUCCCUCUUUGACAACCAGACGUGGGGCCUUCUGUCCCAGAACGCAUCGCUGGCCAGGCCUCUUCAAGUCGACCCUGAAAACCUGUGGCUUGAGUGGUGGGAGCCCAGCAUCACCAUCUAUGGCAGCCUGGCGCUCUUCCUGGUGAUGAAGUUCUGGAUGCUGAUCUUGGCCACCACCAUGCCGAUGCCAGCUGGGUACUUCAUGCCGCUCUUUGUGUACGGCGCUGCAAUCGGGCGUUUGGUGGGGGAAGUGGUGGCCGUUCUCUUCCCCCAGGGUAUCCAGUCAGACGGCAUCGUUAACACCAUCACUCCGGGAGGCUACGCACUGGCCGGUAAGUCUCUAGCACGUGACCUCAACUCAGGAGCCUGGCGACAGGCUUCGACUAACGAAUGGGGCUGCAGCGGGGCAGCAGCGUUUUCGGGCUCGGUCACCCACACCCUGUCCACUGCCCUGCUGGCCUUUGAAGUGACCGGGCAGAUCGCCCAUAUCCUGCCUGUCAUCCUGGCUGUGCUGGUGGCCAACGCUAUAGCCCAGAAGUUCCAGCCCUCCUUCUAUGAUGGCACCAUCAUCGUGAAGAAGCUGCCCUAUCUGCCCCGGAUCAGGAGCCGACACAUCGGCUCCUUCAGCGUGACCACUCGCCAGUUCAUGAACUCCCACUUUGCAGUCCUGGCCAAGGGCGCCAGCUUUGAGGAGGUCCUCCGAGUCGUGACCUCUACCGACGACCUGGAGUACCCCAUUGUGGAGAGCACAGAGUCUUUGAUGCUGGUGGGCAUGGUGCAAAGAACCGAGCUGGUCAGGUACCUCCAGACCCACGAUGAAGCCAAGCCGUCCCCCCAGGAGCCAGGGGAGAAGCCUCGCUCCAACGGGACGCUGGGGGACGACUGCACCAUCGAGCCAAUCACCCUGCAGCUGUCACCUUGGACAUCCCUGCACCAGGCUCACAACCUGUUUGAACUGCUGAACCUGCAACGUGUCUUCGUCACGUCCUUGGGGCGGGUCGUCGGGGCCGUCUCUCGGAGCGAGAUGAAGAAGGCGAUUGAAGACCUGGCAAAUCCGAAGACGUUGAAGUGA